AUGUCUAGAGACGCACCAAUAAAGGCAGAAAAGGAUUAUAGCGAAAUUUUGAAGGAGGAGCUCCCAAAGAUAGAUAAGUUAGCUGAAGGGAGCUAUGAAUCUGCCUUGGAUCAAUUGUUAGUUCUGGAGAAGAAGACAAGACAGUCAUCUGAUUUGGUUUCGUCGAAAGAAAUCCUAUCUAAGAUUGUUGAAAUAUUGGUUUCUAAGGGUAAAUGGGAAGAAUUAGACGAACAAUUGACUCUUUUAUCCAAGAAACAUGGUCAAUUGAAAUUAUCUAUCCAAUAUAUGAUUCAAAGAAUCAUGCAUUAUUUGAAUGAAACGAACAUGGAUUUAACUUCCAAGAUAAAAACGAUUGAAACCAUCAGGAACGUCACAGAAAAUAAAAUCUUUGUUGAAGUGGAAAGGGCCAGAGUAACACGGGAUCUAGUCAGAAUUAGAAGAUCUGAAGGUAAAAUCAAGGAAGCAUGUGAUAUAUUAUGUGAAUUACAAGUGGAAACAUAUGGUUCGAUGGAAAUGUCCGAAAAAAUUGAGUUUAUCUUGGAACAAAUGGAAUUAAGUAUAUUGAAAGGUGAUUAUUCACAAGCUACAGUCCUAUCGAGGAAAAUUUUGAAGAAAACUUUCCAAAAUGAAAAGUAUGAAACUUAUAAGUUGCAAUACUACGAAUUACUCAUCAAGAUUGGUCUUUACAAGAGAAAUUAUUUGGAAAUUGCCCAAUAUUAUCAAGAUAUUUAUCAAACUGAAUCAAUUAAAAUCGAUGAGGCAAAAUGGAGACCUGUUUUGACACAUAUCGUUUAUUUCCUUAUCUUGGCACCAUAUGAUAACUUACAAAACGAUUUACUUCAUAAAGUUCAACUAGAUAAUCAUUUGAAAAAAUUGGAAAAUCAAGAAUCUUUGGUCAAAUUGUUUACUACGAAGGAAUUAAUGAGAUGGCCUAUAGUUAAAAAGACCUACGAACCAAUAUUCAUCACAGACGGGCUUGUGUUCAGUAAGGAACAUCCUGAACAUUGGGAAACACUACAAAAAAGAGUCAUCGAACACAACUUGAGAGUUAUAUCGGAAUAUUAUUCAAGAAUUACUCUAGCGAGAUUAAAUGAAUUGUUAGAUUUGAAUGAAAAUGAAACUGAGACGUAUAUUAGUAACUUAGUCAAUCAAGGUGUCAUUUAUGCCAAAGUCAAUAGACCAGCCAAGAUUGUAAACUUCGAGAAGCCAAAAAACUCAAGUGAACUAUUGAAUGAAUGGUCGCAUAACAUCGAUGAAUUGCUGGAGCAUAUUGAAACUAUCGGUCAUUUGAUUACAAAGGAGGAAAUCAUGCAUGGUUUGAAAGCCUAA